AUGGAAACUGCAACACCACAUUCUGGUUUGCCUGUUCAGGAAACAACUGUUCCCAAAGCCCACAUUGGGCACAGUAUAGACGACGCACUGGAGCUGGCGGGAUUUGGUAAAGUGCAGAUCUGCCUGUCGAUUCUUUCCGGUGUUAGUAUGAUGACGGUAGUGAAUGAAGCAGUUGGUAUGAGUAUCAUCCUGCCUGUGUCGCAAUGCGAUCUGCAAUUCAGUGCAUGGGAAAAAGGUAUUCUUGGAGGAUCUAUGCUGCUUGGAAUUAUGUUUUCAUCAUACCUCUGGGGCUAUCUGGCUGAUACGAGGGGCCGUCAGCUGAUCUUGAAAUAUACAUUAUUUGCCACCUCGUUCUUUGGUGCGAUCUCGUGCCUUGCGACUGGAUUCGAAUCGUUGUUGGUGCUCCGGUUUCUAACAGGUGUUUGCGUGGCCGCCCCAGCCUCUACGGUGUAUGCUUACCUCGGGGAGUUUACUACACCGAGCAGACGCAGUCAAAUGCUGUCGUUUGCCUCCGUUUGGGGAGGUGUCGGAAUUGUCUAUGUGUCAUUGGUAGGUUGGUGGAUACUUUCGUACGAUUGGGUGUUCGUCAUCAGUGAUUCGUUCGAAUUCAAACCAUGGCGCUUGUUGUUCAUUGUCAACACGUUGCCCGCCUUCUUGAACGGAAUCGCCUUCUGUUUCUGUCCCGAGAGUCCUAAAUUCCUAGUGUCCCGAGGUCGCAAUGAGGAAGCUCUGGAAAUUUUGAAGACGGUUUACAAGAUCAACAAUGGCACUGACAAUGCAGAUGGAUACGAAGUGACGACUCUUCGGCUAGAUCCGGAAGAUGCGAUAGCUCGAGAACAGAAUGGAGACGGUUCUAUAGGACUGUUCAAAUCAGUAGUAAAUCAAACCUCACCUAUAAUGAAACUACCGUAUCUGGUGUACUUUAUCAUUUGCUGCGUUCACAACAUUGGAGCAUUCGCUAUUUACGGAGGACUUGGCUUAUGGUUCCCCGAUAUUAUGAACCACAUAUUCGCUUCGGAUGCAACCGUACAAGGCAAAACAGUUUGUACCAUACUGCAACGGAACGGAACUCAGGCAAUCGAGGUUGAGCUAUGUAGUGACGAGACGGAAACCUUUCUAUACACAAUGAUAUCCGGUGUGAUGAGUAUCAUACAAGGAUUCGUCGUCUCGCUGUUAUUGGGCAAAGUGAAUGUUAAAACAAUGACAAUAUUCAACUUUUCUAUUGCUGGUAUAUGGGGCAUUGCACUACAGUUUGUCACUAAUUCGUAUGCGGUGGCAAUACUAUUCUGUCUCGAGAUAGUAUUCGCUGGGUACUGUGUUGUAUUAGUAAAUGCAAAUAUGGUGGACAUAUUUGCAACUAAAGUGAGAGCAAUGGCUAUAGGAAUGGCACACAUUUUCGGUCGACUGAGUGGGUUCGUGGCGAGUACAUUACUGGGACAUCUGAUGCUUCAAAAUUGUGAAAUAACACUGAUCAUGUUGGCGUCCCUGAUGUUCGUGUGCUCAAUUUUGACGUUCUUUCUACCUAAAAAGCAAUAA